CGUAUAUAUUAAUUUAUUUACUCUUUGGGUAUAUCAAUAUGACUACUAAGUGGGUACCUCUUUUUUAAAAUAAUAUCUGUGAAAUUUAUGGAAAAUGGAAAUGCUGGUGUGAAGUGCAUGGAAUCUUUAAGAAACGAGAUUUUGUGGCAAACAUUAAUUGAUUUUGCUUAUCGGCAAAAAUCUGUGUUUUUUAUAAAAUUUAAAUGAAUCAGGAAUCCGUAAAUAAAUCGGGGGGGCCUUCUAUAACACCAUCUGCAAGAAGGAGUAUUCAUAGCCACAACAAUUGCAUUUUUGCCCAUACCCCCAUAAUGGGCAGAUAUGGAUUAAAAAAUGAAGAAGUGGUUAGAAGGAAUGAACACAAUACAAAAUCUCUUAAAAAAGUUGAUGAGGGAUUUGAUGAGGUUGAUAAUGUAAUGAGCAAACUUUGCAAACCAUCUUCACCAUUAAGGGUGACUCAGAAAACAUCACCUAGGAGGUAUUCCCUUAGUGUGGAAAAUAGACAGGACCCUCCUGUUUCUGAUGAUGAAUCUGAUUUGAGCAAUGUACUUGCUAAGUCAUUACCUGCAACUCUUCCAUCAAAUUGCAGUGGUGAGUUUGGAGACUGGUCAGUACAAAGUGAUUUAAUUAAUUAUUCCAACCAACGGCGUACACCAGAGUCUUGCCGAAUUAACCAUCACGAAGAACGCCCAAAUAGAAUAUGCACAAAAUAUAAUUAUGAAGAGGAAAGAAGAGAAGAAGCAAGGGUCCAAAACAGUAGGAAGCCAUCCAAAUCUUUUUUAUUUGUGCCUGCAGCUGCAGCCUUCGGUAUUAUAGCAACGUUGUUCAGUGGUUUACUCAGUGAAUCACAAUUAUCAAACAUAAUUGUAUAUGAUGAGUUUGAAUAUUACAACGAUCUGAGUGAUUUGGGCAGAAAAUAUAAGGUUACAGAUGAUACAAUACUACAAGUGCAAACUGGAAUCUCAACAAUUUAUAAAAGACAAGAUGCUGGUUCAUUCGUUUUUGCAUAUAACAGCAAUUCUGAUAGAUUUGAUCCAGAUCAGUUCAACAAGUUUAUGGACGACAUAGCUUUAAGUACCGCACGAUAUUUACGUAAUGAUAGUGCAUCCGUAGGUCACACAACCGUUAACAGUUUAGCUUUAAAAAUGGAGUCGCACAGUGAACUCAUAAAAACGUACAAAGACGAUGUGGACAGAUCUGGAGUAAUGUUGGUGAAAGAAAUUGAUACAGUGCCUUCCAAACUUGCCAUGGCUUUUCAUUACUAUUGUGAUGAAUACAAUCCGCUGGUUAGAAGAAGUGCUAUAUUUUUUACACUCAACAUGGCGAAAUGCUCUGAUAUGUCAGAUUCAAGGUCCAUCUUUGCUCGAAUAGAAAAAUGUCUCAAGAAAAAAUGGAAUGGCGGUGUUCCCCAGGACAAUAUAGGGCCUCUUCUGACUAGAGUUGUGGCAAGUGUAAUCGAUGUCACUAAUAUUUAAUCUUUUUCUAUUUUUUAGACUUACAUGAAAUAACAGGUCUAAUAAUUUUUUAAUGUUGCAGUAUUCGAAAUUAUAUUUAUAUACAUUAUUUAAGAAUAAUUUAAGUAUUAUGAAGGAAUUAAAUUAUGUUAUUACUA